GAGUGGCAGAAAGCAGCUUUGUUUGCACAGAGACUGAAUGAACCGUGUUUUAUAGAUUCUAGUUUUCUGUCUCUGCUUUAGUUGGACAGUUGCAGAGAGGGAGGCGAUGACAUGCAGCCAUGGGAACAGUCUACCAGGUACCAAAGUGAUGAGAUGAAAUCUGGACUGGUCCUCGAAGCAGAAGAUUUCUUCUGAUUUCAGCAGGAACAAACGAUGGCAACGGCCAUAGAGCUGCUGGAGACUUUGGAGGAUUUGGGCGACAGAGAGUUAAAAACUUUUAAAUGGUACCUGCAGCAGGCGGACUUCCUGAAGGACCUCUCUGCGAUCCCAAAGAGCCGACUGGAGAGCGCAGACAGGCCGGACACCGUGGACCUGAUGGUGCAGACCUACAGCCAUCGCUGUGUGGAGGUGGCCAAGAAGGUUCUAAAGAGGAUGAAGAGGAACGAUCUGGUGGAGAGUCUGUCAAACAUCGAGCAGAGACCUGAAGAUGGGCGAGACAAGAAAGAGGACGAGAGAAGAGCAGAUACAGAAGAUGGCGAUGGUGAUGAUGAUGGUGAUGAUGAAAUAAUCAGUAAAGAUGAAGAAGUCCAGCAAAUAUCCAACGAGACAAACAUCUCAACUCAUGUCAUUCAUCUCCCCACAGUGGAUUUCGAUGAUGUUGGAGAGACUUCAGAAAACACAGCAGCUUCAUCUGAUCUUCUUGAUGAUCUCCAGACCAUCAGCAGGUCGACUGAAGAUGUGAUGAAACUACAGCCUCCAAAUCCCAACACACACACAUUGGACUCACUCAAGCUGCAGUCUCACCUCCAGAACAUGUUCAAGUGUUCACAAGAACGAUGGACAGACAAGCAGCCUGAAGAACUUCUACAUGAUAUAAACCCAGAGCUCUUCAUCAUGAACAUACAAGUCAACACGGAGCACGAGGUCAGGAAGCCUGAGAUGACUUCAGGAAAACUCAGCGAUAUCUUCGAACACCUUUCCACAAAAGGCACACCCUUUAGAACAGUUCUGACCAAUGGGAUCGCAGGAAUUGGCAAAACAUUUCUUGUGCAGAAGUUUUUAUUGGACUGGGCCGAGAAAAGAUCCAAUCAGGAUUUGCUUCUCAUUUUCCCGUUUGCUGUGCGGGAGCUGAAAUUAUGGAGGGGAGAAAGGUUUUCUUUGGCAGAGCUAAUUCACACAUGUAUCCCAGAAACCAGCGUCAUUAACGAGGAGACUCUUAAUGACGUCUUCACAACUUUGCAGAACUCAAAGAUCUCCGACUUUGAUAAAAGUGAAUUCAAACUUCUGUUUGUGAUUGAUGGACUGGAUGACAGCCACCUUCAGCUGGACUUUACGGACACAACAAACAAGUCUGUUGAUGUGACAAAGUCAACCAGAGUAGAAGUACUGCUGACAAACCUCAUCAGGGGGAAACUGCUUCCCUCUGCUCGCCUCUGGAUAACCACAAGACCUGCAGCAGCCAAUCAGAUCCCUCCUGACUGUGUUGACAUGGUGACAGAGGUCAGAGGGUUCACUGACCCACAGAAGGAUGAGUACUUCAAGAAGAGAUUCAGAGAUGAGGAGCAGGCCAGCAGAAUCAUCUCCCACAUCAAGACAUCACGAAGCCUCCACAUCAUGUGCCACAUCCCAGUCUUCUGCUGGAUCUCUGCUACAGUUCUGGAGGAUCUGUUGAAGACCAGAGAGGGAGGAGAGCUGCCCAAGACCCUGACUGAGAUGUACAUCCACUUCCUAGUGGUUCAGAUCAACCAGACAAAGGAGAAGCAUGGCCCAGAAAAUUACAUUCAGUACAUUCAGUCACUGGCAAAACUAGCUUUCCACCAGCUACUGAAGAGGAACACUGUGUUUAACGAGGAUGACCUGAAACUCAGUGGAAUCCACAUCAGAGCAGCCUCAAAGUACUCAGCAGUAUUCACAGAGACCUUCAAACGGGUGUGUGGGAAGAGGAAGGGUGAGGACCAGAAGGUGAUGUUCUGCUUUGCUCAUUUGAGCAUUCACGAGUUUCUGGCUGCUUUUCAUGUGACCAUAUCGCUCAUUGACUACAGCAAAAAUGUGAUUCCUGUACCACGAGUGACGGUCCGAAGUCUGCUGAUGUGUAUCAGAAAAACCUCAACAACAGAUGUCCACAAACGUGCUGUGGACAAGGCCUUAAAGAGUCCAAAUGGACACCUGGACUUGUUCCUCCGCUUCCUCCUGGGACUUUCACUGCAGACCAAUCAGACUCUCCUACACCUUACACAGGCAAGAAGAACCUCAAAGACCAACCAUAAAACAAUCAAUUACAUCAAGAAGAAAAUAAGGAAGAAUCGCUCUGCAGAGAGAAUCAUCAACCUGUUCCACUGCUUGAAUGAACUGAAUGAUCGUUCUCUAGUGGAGGAGAUCCAACAGUCCCUGAGUUCAGGAAGACUCUGCCCUGAUGAACUGUCUCCUGCUCAGUGGUCAGCUCUGGUCUUCAUCUUACUGUCAUCAGACAAAGAUCUGGACGUGUUUGACCUGAAGAAAUUCUCUGCUUCAGAGGAGAUUCUUCUGAGGCUGCUGCCAGUGAUCAAAGCCUCCAACAGAGCUCUGUUGAGUGGCUGUAACCUCUCAGAGAGAAGCUGUGAAGCUCUGUCCUCAGUUCUCAGCUCCCAGUCCUCUAGUCUGAAAGAUCUGGACCUGAGUAAGAACGACCUGCAGGAUUCAGGAGUGAAGCUGCUGUCUGCUGGACUGGAGAGUCCACACUGUGAACUGGAAACUCUCAGACUGUCAGGCUGUCUGAUCACAGAGGAAGGCUGCUCUUCUCUGGCCUCAGCUCUGAGCUCCAACCCCUCCCAUCUGAGAGAGCUGGACCUGAGCUACAAUCAUCCAGGAGAGGCCGGAGCAAAGCUGCUGUCUGCUGGACUGGAGGAUCCACACUGGAGACUGGACACUCUCAGGAUGGACCACGGCGGCGAGCAGAGGCUGAAACCUGGUCUGAGGAAGUAUGCCUGCGAGUUGGAGCUGGACCCAGACACAGUAAACAGAUGCCUCAAGCUGUCUUCCAACAACAGGAAGGUUAAACUGUCAGGUUAUCAGUCAUAUCCUGAUCACGCAGACAGAUUUGACUGGUGGAGGCAGCUGCUGUGUAGAAAUGAACUGACCGGUCGAUGUUACUGGGAGGUGGAGUGGAGUGGACAGGUCGAGAUCGCAGUAACGUACAGAAGAAUCAGAAGGAAAGGAAACGAUGUUCAGUGCAUGUUUGGAGGAAAUGAUCAGUCCUGGAGUCUGUUCUGCUCGAACUACCUUUACUGUGUCAGCCACAACAACGAGAACAAAGAAAUCCACUUCUCCUCCUCCUCCUCCUCCUCCUCCUCCUCCUCGUCCUCAGUCUCUCACAGAGUAGCAGUGUAUCUGGACUGUCCUGCUGGCUCUCUGUCCUUCUACAGAGUCUGCUCUGACACACUGAUCCACCUCCACACCUUCAACGCCACAUUCACUGAACCUCUCUAUGCUGGGUUUGGGUUGGACCACUCUAUUUAUCUCCAUUUGUCCUCAGUGUCUCUGUGUCAGCUGUAAAGAAGAAACGGAAUGCAAAUACAUUUGGGGGUAAUAAUAUGAGCCAAUUAAUGUUUCCUGUUUUAUGUUGUACAAAA